AGUGGCAGCGGCUGCAUCCGCCCUGCCAAUAGCGCCCGCCGGCCCUGGACGGACAGACUUCCGGACAGAUUGAAGGCAACAGACAGUGAGUCGGAACUGCGCAGAGGAGAAGCGGUGCUGGGGCAACGCCGGACACUGUCCCCAGUUCGGAACAGGGGCUGCCUGCCUUACAGGCAGGCGGCGGACCAUUUGGAAGCAGCUGCGGUCGCCUGACCCGUGCUGGUCUGCGCAGUUUAGCUCUGUGCACUUGCCCACUCCGAGUCAGGACAGUCUUUCUUGCUGAUUCCUGGCGCCCCUUUCUUCUUGCCUCACACACUUUUUGAGAACUCCCUCUGCGCGCUGCGCUUCUGCUAGCAGAGCGCAGCCCUCCCACAGCCCAGCGGGGGUUCCGUUUCCCCUGGUGCUCCCAGAACCAGGAGCUUAAGGACCAAGGUCCUUCGAAGGCGUCAAGCUGGACGCCCCGACCACCGAAACGCCCCAAGGGGCUUACCUGAGCUCGGGCACCAUGGGCUAUGGGGAUGAGCUGACCCCUGAGGCGCUUAGUGUGCCUAGUGGUUUUGAUGACCUGAUCACCUCCACCACCUCCCAGGUGCUGCAGGCCUUGUCCAACGUCGCAUCUGUGGUUGGAAUUGGCCAAGGUGGUCGCAAAGGCACACACGCCAUGGAUAAAUUGUCAGACAACACGGGAGACCUGGCUGACCUAUCAGGUCCCGUAUCUUCAGAGAUGAUAUCCCAGGAUGAGCAGGUGCAGUUUUGGCUAGUGAUAGGGUAUACCAUCGUGGUCUUUGCUGCCAUCAUAGGCAAUUGGGUCUUAAAUCAUGUCAUUAUGAAAUACAAGAGGGUGCACACCGCUACCGGCCUCUUCGUUGUCAAUAUCUCUGUGACCAACAUGAUGCUGGCGCUUCUCAGCUCCCCUUUCACCAUGGUGCGCUAUCUAGGCAAUUCCUUGGUGUUUGGGAAGAUGACAUGUCACCUCAGUCGCUUUGCACAGUACUCUUGUGCCUAUGUAACUGUGAUGUCCAUGGCUGCUAUUUCUCUGGACCGACACCGGGUGAUGUUAUACCCCCUGAAGGCACGAAUUACUCCGAUGCAAGGCAAUGUUUGCAUCAUUAUCAUCUGGAUCGUGAGCACCUGCGCUGCUUUGCCACAUGCCAUUUACCAGAAGCUUCAGCAUGUGGAAAUUGGAAACGUAACUGAAGAAACUGUCUGCCUCCCCAGUUUCCCAUAUACUUCAAAAUCCACUUGGAAAUACCUUGACCUGGGCACCUUUUUGCUCUUCUUCAUGCUACCAUUGAUGGUGCUGGUGGUUGUAUAUGGUCAUGUGGCUAAGAAGCUGUGGAUCCACAAUGCUGUCGAUGACAUCAAUAUCCACACCUACAUCUGCCAGCGUGGAAAGAAGAAGCAGACCCUUAAGAUGCUGAUGAUAGUGGUGCUUGUUUAUGCACUCAGCUGGCUCCCCCUCAAUAUCUACUUGGUGCUGCUGUCCAGUGAAACCAUCUCAAGCCACAAUAGUCUCUACUUUUUCCUCCACUGGCUGGCAAUUAGCAGCUCCUGCUACAAUCCCUACAUCUAUUGCUGGCUCAGUGACAGCUUCCGCAUUGAGGUUCAGAAGGUCAUCACGGAGAUGCAGAAGACCGCACUGGAUGGAAUCCGUCGCCUGAGGGGAGAGCACCGCAGGCUGAGCUCUGUCUCACCCACUCACCGCCCUGCCUGGGUGGACCCAAAUCCCGGAGUUCCCAAAUUCCCGACGUUCAAAGAUUUUGAUGAGCUACCCAGUCCCCCUCCCUCCCCCGGGGUGGAAAUCUCCUUUCUCUAUCCACGAGUGCCCAGAGUUUAAGCUGCCCAGACCGCGAUAGGUUAUCCCACCCUGAAAACUCCUGAGAAAGGGUGGGACCAAACUAAUUAAGAUUUAUUCAGUGUUUUUCAUAGGGGUGGGGUGGGGUGGAAGGCAACGGUCAGUACUUGAGGGACAAGGGACAUUUGAACCACG